UAAGGCAAAGGAAAUGCACCAAUCAGCUGCUCCCCAGGGCUCACAACUGUCUGCUGCGCCCGGAAAACAAGCCGGGGCUCUGGGGACCCGGGGCUCAGGCCGCCUCGCUCUGGCCUAGCCCCUCCACCUUAGUUGUAUCAUCCCCCGGGCAUGCUGAGCAUCCCCCCGCGGCUCCUGCACAGACGCGCGGGCCUCAGGUCUCUGCCUCCGCGCGGGGGCCCGGCCGUGUGGCCGGAGGGAGCGGCCGGAUGGAGCGGAGGAUGAAAGGCGGAUACUUGGACCAGCGAGUGCCUUACACCUUCUGCAGCAAAUCUCCCGGAAAUGGGAGCUUGGGCGAAGCGCUGAUGGUCCCGCAGGGGAAGCUCAUGGACCCGGGCUCCCUGCCGCCUUCCGACUCCGAAGAUCUCUUCCAGGAUCUCAGUCACUUCCAAGAGACGUGGCUCGCUGAAGCUCAGGUACCAGACAGCGAUGAACAGUUCGUUCCUGAUUUCCAUUCAGAAAACUUAGCUUUCCAUAGCCCCACCACCAGGAUCAAGAAGGAGCCCCAGAGUCCCCGCCCAGAGCCCGCCCUGUCCUGCAGCAGGAAGCCCCCACUCCCCUACCGCCAUGGAGAGCAGUGCCUUUACUCCAGUGCCUAUGACUCCCCCAGACAAAUCGGCAUCAAGUCCCCCGCCCCCGGUGCCCCUGGACAGUCGCCCCUGCAGCCCUUUGCCAGGGCAGAACAACAGCAGAGUCUCCUGAGAUCCUCCAGCUCUUCCCAGUCCCACCCUGGCCACGGGUACCUUGGUGAGCACAGCUCCGUCUUCCAGCAGCCUCUGGACAUGUGCCACUCCUUCACAUCUCCUCAGGGAGGGGGCCGGGAACCUCUCCCAGCCCCCUACCAACACCAGCUGUCGGAGCCCUGCCCAGCCUACCCCCAGCAGAGCUUCAAGCAGGAGUACCAUGAUCCCCUGUAUGAACAGGCUGGCCAGCCGGCUUCGAGCCAGGGUGGGGUCAGUGGGCACAGGUACCCAGGGGCGGGGGUGUUGAUCAAGCAGGAGCGCACAGACUUCUCCUAUGACUCAGAUGUCCCUGGGUGUGCAUCCAUGUACCUCCACGCAGAGGGCUUCUCUGGGCCCUCUCCAGGCGAUGGAGUGAUGGGUUAUGGCUAUGAGAAAUCUCUUCGACCAUUCCCAGAUGAUGUCUGCAUCGUCCCUGAAAAAUUUGAAGGAGACAUCAAGCAGGAGGGGGUCGGAGCUUUCCGGGAGGGGCCACCCUACCAGCGCCGGGGUGCCUUGCAACUGUGGCAGUUUCUGGUGGCCCUGCUGGAUGACCCGACCAAUGCUCACUUCAUUGCUUGGACAGGCCGGGGGAUGGAGUUUAAACUAAUUGAACCUGAAGAGGUCGCCAGGCUCUGGGGCAUCCAGAAGAACCGGCCAGCCAUGAAUUAUGACAAGCUGAGUCGCUCACUGAGAUACUAUUAUGAGAAAGGCAUCAUGCAGAAGGUGGCUGGUGAACGCUACGUGUACAAGUUUGUGUGUGAGCCCGAGGCCCUGUUCUCUCUGGCCUUCCCAGAUAAUCAGCGUCCAGCUUUGAAAGCCGAGUUUGACCGGCCAGUCAGUGAGGAGGACACAGUCCCUUUGUCCCACUUGGAUGAGAGCCCUGUCUACCUCCCAGAACUGGCUGGCCCUGCUCAGCCCUUUAGCCACAAAGGUGGAUAUUCUUACUAGGCCCCAGUGGCUUCCCUUUGCCAUGAGUGGGGCUGCCCAGUGUACAUAUCAACAGAUUUGGUGUUGGGGAAGCCCUCAUGCUCAUACCCACACAAGUUUCUAGGGUCAGCUCUCCACUAUCCCAUCUUAUUCCUGGCCAGACUCGGCUGCUAACCAGAGUCUGCAGGAAGGACAGGGGAGGCAGGACAAGUCUAAAGGUGGCAGCGCUGAAGUCCACUGUGGUUCACCUCUGCCCUCAGGAGUUCAGCUUGGCCUCUGCCUAGGUCUUACUCGGAGGCAGUACCCCAUUCCCACUACAGAGAACCAGUGUUUGUUCUGUUCCGGGGACAGACAAGGGGCUUCGAAACUUUUAUUAUGGCAGCAGGGCCAAGGGGUUCCUGGGACACCCCCACUUCUCCUGCUGUGGGAGACGGAAGCCUGGCUUCUGGGCUCUGCCCUGAGCUGGGAUCCUGUGCUCUUGGUGCUGUGCUCUUGGUGGCAGGAGCAGGUGGGAGGCAGCUGGGGUGGGUGUUAGGUAGAGGCAGGGACAGAGAGGUGCUCCAAGGGGUCUUCUGGCUUUCAGCCCUAGGCCUACCCAUGCCUAAUUCCACCUUCACCUCAUCUGCCAGACCUUAAUAAACACCUCUGCUUCUCCUGU